AAUUUCAAGACUUUCUCUCUCUAUCUCCCUUCUCUCUCUCUCUCUCUCUCUCUCUCUCAUUCCUUCGUCUUUUCUAGUUACUGUACCAUAAGUCCGAGGGAUUCAUCAGGUUUCUUCAAAACCUGAUCAAGAGAUUGACAGUAUUAUGUGCAUGUAUUGCAUUGUGUUGAGCUCUUUUUCUUCUUUCUUUUUCUUCAGAGCUUGGGCAUCUGUGGAUGGAUUGUGUUGAUGCUUUGAUACAAUAAUCAUCCCUUUUGAGCCAGAGAUCAGUUUCUUUGUCGCUUGUUAUCGAUCUUGUUCAGCAUUGGAGUCACGCCCCAUGUCAACCAAAAUGAAGGGCCUCUUGAAAGGCCUGAGGUACAUCUCCCAAAUAUUUGAGAAUGAGAAGCAGCAGGAAAUGGAGAUAGGGUUUCCCACAGAUGUAAAGCAUGUGGCUCACAUAGGGUGGGACGGUCCCUCUGUUACUUCUCCGAGCUGGAUGAAUGAGUUCAGAACAACGCCGGGGUUUUCCUCAGCUCCUUUAGGUCUCCCCGGAGAUACGAAUGGCGACAGUUCUGUCCGGUCGGUAGUUUCUGAAGGUUCGAGUCGACGAGGGGCCCAAACCCCAACCUUUCCGAGUUCCCCGGCCCGUGACUUGCCGGAACUGCCCAAAUCCUCGAGACGGCACUCGACCGGCAGUUCAACCGAUUCCCCCACCAAAUCUAGAUCGGACAAGUCAUCGAGAGGGCCCAGGCGGGCCUCGAAAGGCUCCGCGAGGGACACGGCCGACCCCCUGCGGAAACUCCAGGACUCGAGCCUCGGGGCCGGGCCCGAGUCUCCGAGGAAGAGCAAGUUGCCCGACAUCCCGAAGAAGUCCCGGAGAAAGAAGUCCAAGGACUCCUCCAUGGGCGGGUCCUCCAGGUCGUCGAGGUCGAAAGCCCAAGCCCAGGCCGAGGCCCAGCUCCCGACCUACGAAGCUCCCUUCUCGGAUCCCGGCUCCGGGACCGUGUCCAUGUUCAAAAACAUGGAUCUUCAUCGGACCUCCGAUUUGGGGUCUUCUAGAGAGGGGGUCGCUAAGGAAAUUUAGAGAGUUCUAAAGUUUAAUUGGUAGAGGCUAAUUUUUGGCCGAGUGCAAGAAGCGAAAUCUUCUUUCUUCGUUUUUUUUACCUCUCAUUUCUGUUUAUCUUUUCUCGAGAUCAAUUGAUGAUUUGUGAAGCCUCUGUUUAAUUUUGCCUUCGGAAUCAAAUGAACAAUCAAACCUCAAGUUCUUAUC